AUGAACCAUAUGUUCGGAGAUUUGAGCACCAAGUACGAUAAUAUCGCAGGCCAUAUGAGACAUAUGGACAUUCAGAUAGCUCAGACUGCCGAGAGUGUCAAGAGGCAGCAAGGUACUCUACCUGGUAAAACAGACAAAAACCCCAAGGAGUGCAAUGCGGUUCAGCUAAGGAGCGGGAAGCAACUUUCCGUGCCAAAAAAGAGGAGGUUCACCGCGGCUGAGAAAGGGAAGCAAAAAGAAACGGAACAACUGCCAGCCGAUCAGGCAGAUGAGAGGAAUACAGAACCAGCACUUGAAACAAGUUCGCUAGGGCCAGAACAACCAGCUGAAGCGGUGCGCCCGAUCCCAGAGGCUGUUCCUCCUCGCAAAUAUAUUCCUAAGGUCCCUUACCCUGUUCCAGCAAGGGCCACUCGUAAGGUAAGGGCCACUUGUAAGGACAAAGAGGAAAUGAAGUGCAGGAAGAUGCUGGAGGACCUAACCGUGCGACUCCCCAUGAUGGAUGCAAUCCAGAAGAUGCCCUCCAUGCGCAGCUUUAUGAAGGGAUUGAUCUCAGGAAAAAUAUCAGAGGAGAGCGAGUUCAUGACGGUUUCCAAGGAGUGCAGCGCAGUGCUUCAGAACAGGCAGAUAAAGAAGCGAGGAGACCCCGGCAAAUUUGUCCUCUCAAUCCAGAUUGGAAAGACAGUUUUUACAUGCUCCUUGGUUGACCUUGGGUCCAGCGUGAAUCUCAUGCGUUACUAUGUGGCUCGACGUCUAGGAUGCACGCAUUUCAAACCAACUAAGAUGUCAUUAGUAUUCGCAGAUAGAUCAGUCAAAUCCCCGGUUGGUAUUCUAGAGGAUCUCCAAGUAAACGUCGGGAACACCUAUGUUCCAGCAGACUUCGUUGUUUUAGAACUGAAAGAAGAGUCUAAAGAUCCUCUCAUCUUGGGAAGACCAUUCUUAUGUACUGUUGGAGCCAUCAUUGAUGUGCGACAGGGGCAGAUUGAUUUGAAUCUUGGAGACAUAGUUAUGCAGUUCGAGAUGGAUGAGUUGCUAAAGAAGCCGAUGUUGGAUGGGCAGACCUUUGAGGUUCAUGAAGGGAUUGAUCCGCUCCAACCUCGAGAAGGAAUAAUCGAGGAGAUUCUUACCGAAGAACCACUGGAGCUUGCACUAGUGCAAGCCGAGGCCAAACAGAGUGUCGUGAACAUUGAUGCAGAUGGGUAUGCCAAGAUGCUUGACUCCGCAAGGAGUAUGGGAAGAAUGGUAGCAAGUUUAAGUCUGGGGGAGGAGAGCAACAGGGUCGAAACCACUCCAUCUAGAGCGACCCCUACACCGAACUCACAUGUUCUUUUGAACCAACCAGAGGAUCCCUGGAGCGAGCUUAAAGCUCUCAAGGUUGAGCUAAAACCCCUUCCCAAGGGGCUCAGGUUUCUUUCUGAUCCCUAUCCAUCCAGACGAUCAGGAGAAGACGAUGUUCACCUGCCCCUUUGGAACGUACGCUUACAGGAGAAUGCCAUUCGGCCUGUGCAAUGCGCCAGCAACAUUUCAGCGUUGCAUGAUGGUACUAAAAAGGUGUGA